AUGGCCGUUCUCUGGACGCACAUCACCAGUGUUGUAAGUUGGGUCUGUGAGCCGGCGAGUCCCGACAGUGCCUGUGACAAUGCAGUAAACGAUCAGAUUUUGCAGCUGCAGUCUGCACUGGACGAGACCCGCCUCCUGCUCAACCAUGAGCAACGGGUCUCGCAGGAAUUGAAAGCCCAAUUAAGGGAUGAGCGGAGGAGGCGAGAGAUGCUUCAGCGGGAGAUGCAGGACAAGCUCGAGCUUCAAGACCACGAGAUGAAGAGACUCCUAGCAGAACUCGAGACGGCCAAGGCGGCGCUGCACCAGAAGAAGCACGAGUUCCGUCAGCCUCUGGAGGAGACCUCUGAGAAGCCGAGUAAGAUGCACAGUCAUGUCUUGAAACAACGAGAGUGCGAGACGGAGCUGUUGGCAGCUCUGCUCGAGCAUGCCACGAAGCAGGCGACUGCCUGCCCCGCCGUGAAAAACGAAUCGACCGCCCUGCAGCAACUCCGCUCGGAGCUGGAGGUGGCUCAAGGCAAAGCCUCCGAGGCACAGGAAGCUACGGAAAAGUUGCGGCAGCAGGUGCAGCAGGAAAAGGUGGCAAGAUUCGAAGUGGAGCACUUGCUAGAACUACAACGAGAGUCGUUUCUGAGGGAGUUUCACCAUCGUAAGGCCUGUGAAGCCGAAGUUGCAGAUAUUAUGCAGCUGCUGGGGCAAAGAUACCCUGACCUUGCAUGCAGUGUCCAUCCAAUAAGCAGUUGA